AUGGCCGUUUCCACUAUCUCCAUCCCCACAGUAAUUCACCAGCUAUUCCUCUCCUGCGCCUUCCCUUCUUCUUCAUUCUCAUUUCCCGCCUCCACAGCCACAGUCUCCAUCUCGAAGCCUCACAGCGCACCGUCUCCCGCCAUUUCCCGAGCUUCCUCUUCGCCAUCCUCCUCGUCUUCGUCGUCUCGAAGCAAGAGCAAGACGUCGACGGCGAAGAAGAAGAAGAAAGGCAAGAGCGGAGGUGGCGGGCAUGACGACUGGAAGGAUUUGGGCUUGAGCGAGGUUGAAGUCGUUAAACCUCGCGGCGGAGGCCGGGAUUAUGACGAUGGCGAUGAUUUUGAUGAUUACGACGAAGGUGCCUCGACUUCCAAUUCGAGGUAUAAUGCUUCACCGACUACUCCACUGCCGAAUCCUCCCGCUGGCUUUUUCGUAUCUGAGUCCGGCAAGGUUUCCAUGACUUCCGGCAACCGGAUUGCUACCAUUGUUGAUGCUACGAAUAAUAAUCCAUUAGAGUGUGUUAUAAGGAGGGUGUUUAGAAGUUCAAGAGGGGAGGAUGAAUGCAUGCUCCUAUGCCCGGUUGAUACGCCAGUUCAGAUUUUGAAGAGCACGAAUAUUGAGGGGUGGUCUGCGGUCAGUGAUGAUGAAGUGGAGGCUAUACUUCCUGCUGCAGCAUAUGCUUUGGCAAAGAUCCACAUGCAUCUAGUCCAUAGCGGAUUCUGUUACACAGCAAGGGGAGGAUUUUGCUACUCGGAAGAUGACAUUUUUGAUUUCCGCACAGGCAAGGACCUUCGGCUAGCAUUUUACGACGGAGAAACUGUCGAUGGCUUACCAACAGAGGGUGUUGAAAUCACAUACUUCCAUCUGGAUGGUGCACAUUACAUGAUAUAUACUCCAUCAGAUCCACUUCUUUUUGUCGCCAUUAAGGAUCGAGAUGGAGUGUUGCAAAUAGCUGAUGAUGAUCUUUUGGAGGACCCAGCUAUCGUAAGCGCGAUUGAUGAGGAGACUGAAUUUAAUGCGCUGGUGGAGGAAGAAGCUGCUCUUAUGGAAUCUUUGAUGGGCAAAAGUUGAUUACAAAAGUUGCAAACACCAUCAACAUGUAAGCAUGCUACUCUUUUACUGAAUUCUCGUCCCGAGUAAUUGCGUGAAUGCGGCCUGCUUCAAACUUGAAACUGUCUUGGUGGGGUUUCUUAAGGGUAGUGAUGAAUGAUGAUAGACCAAGACAGUAAGAAUCACAGAAAGCCUAAAUUGCAUCAAUC